UUCUCCCCUUAGGUGCACGGCCGGAGCAGAGAAGAGACUGUGAGUCACUUUGUCCAAACCGAGGCACGAGUCAGAGCCAUAGAGCAGUAGUAGCACAUGUAGUACACAGGGAGGAGCUUUCAACACCUUUCAGACUACUGUGGGGUGACACAGGCGUGAACGCUACGAACAGAUCUUUGUGGUGCCCAAGGGUCUCCUUAGAAAACGCCUGUUUCUUCUAUCGCACAAUUUUCCAUGUUGAUAGCAAAGAUGACGAGAGAUGAGCUAAUGUGCGAACGAGUAUGUAAUGUUUGGUUCAGGGUCAAAGAGUGUUACCUUCUCGGCAUCCUCUCAAGCACCGGUCCCUUGUGCUUGACACCAAACUAGGAUCCUUCAGAAGAGCAGUUCAAGAACAUAUCUUCAUCUUCUCGGUUAAUAAACACAUACCCACCUGCCGCAGUUGUGCAAUAAAAGUCCAAUCCUGCCUUUUAUGAGCUUUCUUCUUCACAUGAACAUCUUCGUCUGGACCUGGCCCACAUUUGGUCAAUGACAGGAGACACGGGCAUGACAUCAUUAGCAUGAGCUCAGUCCAAGAAAGCAUACAAGGGUCACCACAACCUCAGGAAUACAAACGGUUGGCUGUGCUUGUGUGUUUGAAGAUCACCUAGUAACCAUUUGGUGAUGUUUAUCAGCGACAACCUGUUGAACGCACAUGUGUAACAUCAGCCGUACAUUUACUGUUACUUUAUCAGACUAAUACCGGGUCAUCUUUACAUGGUCAUUCGUAUCUCAUCUACCCCAAUUUUCCUUUCUUUGCUUUCACCCCUACUAGCUCUCUUCUCCACCUCUCUUAGUCAUCCCAGGAUGUGUCAGAAUUUCUAUAGUUUUCAGGGUCAUGCCCAGUGGAGCGGAGAAUGGCAAUCACCGGAGAGAAAGAACAAGUGGUGCCAAGCCACAGCUUUUUCCUUUACACACCCCCCAAAAAGCUAACCUGCCCCCACCCCAGAGACACACCUUAGGUAGGGGGUAAACCACUCCUCUCACCGUGUGCUCAUGAACGCAAGAGGGGGUAUAUAUGGAGGGACGAAAACGGAGAGGGAGAUUCAGACAACAGAGAUGGACACCACGGUGAGACGCGGCACAAUGAUGAUCCUCAUCAGCUUUUUGGUCUGGACGACAUGUUCGGCAGCACCAAUGCAGUGCCACUUCAACUCUCAAGCUCUGUGUGAGUAUGAAGGGAAGCAGUACUCAAUGGGAGACAGCUGGAUGGAGGAGGGCUGUUUGCAGUGCACCUGCCUGCACCCUGUGGGUGUGGGAUGCUGUGAGACUGUGCAUCGGCCUGUGGACUUUCCUCCUUGGUGUGAAGUCCGAGUUGAAUCCUUGACCUGUCAGGUCACUCUGGUGUUGGCAUCUGAUCCUCGUCUGCCAUGCAUUCCUGGAGAAGAUACCAACAGUCUUCCGAGACAUGGGACCAUCAACAUGAAACUAGCAGGUUAGCAUGGAGGGAAGCCAAUCAUAAGCCUUAAAUCACCUGCCUGUCAGCUGUCAUUUGAAUCACUCUUAUGUGUAAGACGGGAUGGUACUCUUAUAGCAACUGUAUUCACAAAACAUAACCAUAUAAGCUGCUCAAAAGUUGCAUUUUAACAAAAGCAAAGAUGUGGAUAGGUUAAGCAUGUAUGUGGUGGAGGCAUGUGUCUUGAGCCCUGUAUUGGGUUUUUUUCUGAAGUAUGGAAAGUUGCUUAUUGUGAGGAUGAAAUGUAAGAUAAAGUAUCAGUGUAAGCAUGUUACUCCCAAGUUAUUACCACAGUCAAUAGCACUGCAUGUCCUGUUGUUUUAAUUUUGUUAAGAUUAUUUGCUCAGAUUCUCAUCUGAAUGUUUUGCAUGCAUCAAUUUAUUCUACGAGAAAAUGUUUCUUCAUUUAAGCUUUAAAGAAUAAAUGUAAUAAUAAAACAUAAGCUUCU